AUGAGUGGUCUUGAGGUUUCGACCUCAAGACGUCCGCGUCUAGCCAGGAUGCCUUCAUCACCGUUGAUUACUAUUUCCACGGUCUGCUCCAAUGCAGCCUAUGUGGGCCAGUCUUUGUCGAAAUUCGCGGGGCAGGUUCCCGAGGCGACUACAGAGUUGACUGGAAUUAUCAGUGGCCUCUACGGACUAUGCUCUACCAUGCAUCAUUUCGAAUCCGCUGCGAGGAAUUAUGGGCUUAAGGUCCUCUCCGGGGAGCUCAACGCCCAGCUUGGUGCAAUCCUUCGCGAUGCCACCGGCCUUUUGAGAGAGGUUGAGAUGAUAGCGCAGGAAUUGGAUGCUGCAUGCUCUACCAAAGGUGCAAUGCAGCGGAGUUGCAUUAAGCAAAUCGCGUGGAUGCUGAAGGAGCAAGAGACAGCGUUGAUUGCCCGGCUCGAGUCACAUAAGGAGGGCAUGUCUCUGUUGUUGGCCUCUUUGCAUGCAAAUGCCCAUAGUGCGGGUGGACAGGCUACUAGUCCUUUAUAUGAAGACUUUGAGCGAAGGCUCAGCUUCGACGACUACAGAAUGCCAGAGUCCCCGCCUGAUUACAGAUCGUUAUCACCAGUUAGCUAUCGUUCUCCGACUUCACCUCACUCUGGGGUUUCUGGAUGGUCAGGGUACUCUGGUGUUAGUUCUGUCUCUCCGAUUUCACGACGCGACCGAUCGAAUUCAUUUUCUGGGAGGAUGCACGACGGGGGGUUUAUGAACGAAGGGGGUUAUUUCGAUCGUGGCUUCACGCGAUUGCCUCCUAAUCCUCAUUUUAUGAAUACUCUUCCUCCCCGACCGAAGACGGCGUAUCAGCCGCUUAGGAAUACGGAGUUUGUUCAGUAUAUCGACCCGAAUAAUGAGGAUGGUGAAGGAUCGAAUUCUUCACAGGCUUCAGAUCACCGUUAUAGAUAUGGACCCACGAGCCGUAUGGAUGCUCUGGUCCCUGUUCACAGGCCAUAUACGAGAAGAAAGUCUCAGCCAAAUAUUCACAAAUUGAACUUGAAUGUUUUGGUUGGAGAGGAAACAUUCCCCGAACGUCGUCAGCGAUCUGAACAUUGGGCAUCCAAAGUCUUCGAGGGUAUGCUCGGAGAAACCAAAUUCCUGGAUAUGGAAUCCAACAAAGGCUCUCAGUGCUUCGGCCGACCAAUGGAGGUUCUUCGCAAAGAUACCGAGGAAGAGCUUCUUAAAAUGAAAUUCGCUUCUGAUUUCAUCAUCCGAUUUUGGCGGUGUAAGAAGACACAGAAGACGAGGAUUGUCUGCCAGAUUGGCCGACGAACCAGCUCUGAGCGCUACCAUUCAGCGCUGGAUAUGGGCUGGCUCACCAUUUGGCGGGAAGGCCCGUUGGUGCAUCUCCGUUUCAAGAAUACGAAGUGGGCGACUUUGUCGUUCGGUAAUAUCGAAGAUCUUGUGGUGUUCUACAUGACCUUCUUGGUUCUUCGCCAACUCGGUCGGAACCCUCCGGACCUUGACCAUGAGAUGGAUAUGGAUGAAGAGUUUGUUGUCUUCAGUGGUCUCAUCAGUGAUGAUGAAGGUGGGGAGCACUACCUUCGUGUCUUCCGCGACGAGGGUACCGGCGCCGUGAGGCUCGCUGCUUUUGUCAAGGACGGGGAUUACAAUCAGCUUCCAGUCUGGACUGCCUUUGUUUCACCACACGUCUUCCAGAAGGGGUGGCUCUCACGCCAAGGCGCCCGAGUGCAACUGUCUUCCAUUCACUUGGUUUCUUUCUCUGAUACGUGGGCCACAAGAGCUUACCGUAAUUGGGAGCUACUGUUCAGCGGACGUGAAGAUGCGAAGGACUUCGAGAGAGUCUUCAAAAUCGAUCUUCGACAAUCUAUCAAAUCAGAGAUUGUGGAUUCUUAA